GCCAUUUGGGUAGUCGUGCGAUAAAUGCGGUAGCUGGCCGUAACGUAAUCAAAUGCAGCCGGCCUAAUUCAUUGAUGAAAAUGGUAUUCCUGAGAGAUCGUCACAUUAAGUUCUUCCAGAGAUGCCUCAAGGUGCUUCCAAGUGCGUCUGUUUCCAUGGAUGAAAUGAGGAUGACUAUUGCGUAUUUUGCUAUUUCUGGACUUGAUCUCUUAAAUGCAUUGGACACACUGGAAGAUAAGGAAGAUAUCAUUGAAUGGAUCUACUCUCUUCAAGUCCUACCUUCUCCUGACGGUUCGAAUCUGUCUAGGUGCGGAUUUCGAGGUUCACCAGCCAGUUGUGUUUCAAAGGGCAGCAGCAAUACGGGCGAGCUGCACAGGUUUGACGGGGGACAUAUAGCAAUGACGUACACAGCACUGGUGACUCUCAUCAUUUUGGGAGACGACCUUAGCCGGGUGAACAAGGCGGCCAUCACUAGUGGCCUCAAAGCCCUUCAGCAGAAGUGUGGAAGCUUCUGUGCUGCGCUGGACGGUAGUGAAGAUGACAUGCGAUUCCUGUACUGUGGGGCGUGCAUAAGUUACAUCCUUCAGGACUGGUCGGGCUUUGACAUGGAGCGAGCCGCAAAGUUUAUCACGGACUGCUAUUGCUACGACGGCGGUAUCUCUGCUUACCCAGGAACGGAAGGACACGGUGGACCAACAUUUUGUGCUGUGGCGUCACUGGUGCUGAUGGGUAGACUUCACUCCGUGUUUAGCCACAAACAGCUGGAUCGGUUACGACGUUGGUGCCUGCUGAGGCAGCAAACCGGUUUCCAGGGUCGUCCCAACAAACCUGUGGACACGUGUUACUCGUUUUGGGUUGGAGCUGCUCUGCAGCUUUUAGGUGCAUAUCAAUUUGUACAAAAAGAAAAGAACUUUGAGUUUCUUGAGUCAACACAAGAUGUCAUCACUGGAGGGUUUAGCAAGUGGCCAGACAGUGAUCCAGAUCCCAUGCACUCGUACUUGGGGCUAGCCGGAUUGUCGUUGAUGGGCGUCGAAGGUGUGGCACCACUGGAACCAGCGCUGAACGUGAGUCAGAGAGCAGCUUCUCAUCUUCGGCAAUUGCAUCGGGACACCAGUUGACCAUGGUGGGCCACUUCCACGUUUCCUGGGCUCUCAUGAAAGGGAGCUUUGAACAUUUUACAAAAAGCAAUGAAUCAACAUAGUGCACUACUUCUAGGAGCCCAAUGGCUACGAAAAAGGGGCAUUUUGCUUUGCCCUUCUUGGACAGGAAUAACUUGCACACUGUGUCAUAUCAUAGUUAGUUCACCUAGCACACGUUGCCUGACUCAUAGCGAUUCUAAAAGUACCGUGUGUUACCCCACAAAAGUAUACCCGUAUCGGCAUGCCACGCUCAGCAACUACGCCAGGUGGAACAUUGUGCCGUCCACGUAUUAGGCCCUAAAGGAGAUUCAUUGCUGGUGAAUUUUAAAGUGAUUUGAGCAAUGUAACGAAAAGUUAUAAAUGCAAAAGGUGCCAACCCUGCAUUCCAAACACUUGAAAUGGCUCGGUAGGAAAGCACUGUUGAAACGCUGCUCCCCAGACAACACUCGAGUGCCUGGGGUCACGGCGAGCUGUUAACAGCCACAAGAGUGUUGUGCGUCUGGGGAGCAGCAUCUCAACUACUCUCUGCGACACCUGUUUGAACACGUGGAAAACUUGAUUAUUUUUAAUACGGGAUUUUUAUUAUUUUUUAUACCCCACCUGUUUGUACCUUCGUACUUUUUAUACCUUUUUGUACAUAUUGCAUUUUUUUUUACUUUGUGCUAUGAUGUGCUAUGAAAUUCACCAGGAACGCAUUGCAUAACUGUCGAGCAUGGCAUGCUGGCGUGGGUAGACUUUUACGGUGUAGCAGCCUGUAUAUUGAAAAAUGUUCUUCAAAUGUUGUUCAGUAUUUGCUAAUUUUGAUGCAAAAAUCUUGACAGGGUCCCUCUGAAUGUUGGUUGUUUCCCCUUGUCACCCUGCAUCAUAAAUAUGCCAUUAAGAUCACUACAUGGGUAAGUGUGCAGACAAUCACAUAGAAAGCUGUUGAACAUGCAGCCCUAAACGUCUCAUACUGCGUAUUGGUAAAACACGAUAUUGUUACAUGGUCUGUGAAUUAGCUUAACGCAUUUAUUUGAUCAUGUGAUACGUUUUUUAGGCACACGAGUAGUGCAGUGGGACACUGUAUACUCCAAAAUAAUUGCUUGUCAUUGCAAAUCGUGCUACAACAUGAAUUUAUUUUUUCUUGUUUACAUAAUAUAGUACCCAAAAAAUAAAAAACACUAAUUGCUCACCAUUGCUAACCUCACUACAACAUGAAUUUAGUUUUUCUUGUUUACACGCUGAAAUAUAAAAAUAAAACUAAUUGCUUGCCAUUGCUAAUCUCACUACAACAUGUUUUUUUUUUUUUUUUGCUUAUGUAAUAUACUCCUCACACAUGUGGCGUGUCAUAUCAUCAAGUAAGUCGUGUUCCUUCUGACAUCCUGUUAUGAGCUCACACCGUAACUUUUACUAGAUGCACGCUUACACUGUUGUUGCCACCGGUGUUUCAGUCUGCAAGACACCCAAGACCGAGGCCACUUGUUAGGCAGUCCAUAUCGCAAAGUUUUUUCUUCCCUGGGUUGUUGCCAGCAAUAUUCUAUACGACUAAAAAUGUUUUUGCGCUGUGCAAAUGGGGUCUCUCCAGUGCUUCAGUCGAAGUCUUAGCAUGGCAUUCCGCUGAGCUGAUGGUGCAUCAACAUCGACAGCCGUGCCUGCCAGCUCACCUGCUUGAUUUCUCGCAUGAAACGUAACAUGACCGGCACCUAUACUCUAAACACAAAGCUGCAAAACCGCUUCUUUGAGCUCGUACAUUAGGCCCAUGUGCAUGUGCAUGUCUCUAACAAAAGAUUGUUGUUUGUGGUGUUUCCCAUUGUUGCCUAAUUAGAGUCCGAUGUUUUUGGGAUUAAUCCCAGUAAAACUCGUUUUUACCCUGUGAUUCGCAUCAUAGUCACUUGGAGUAAAACUGGAAAAACCUGUAAAUUAACUUGCGAAAGUGCAAAUUCAGCCACUAAUGCAGGCACUUUAUGUUCAGCACAGCUGCUGGGCAUCUCGUGUUCAUCUGAAAUGCGAGAUGGGCUGUUCCUCUUCUUCUUUUCGUUUUUUGUUUCUUUUUCUUUUUCAUCCAAAAUUGUGGAUUCCCACCCGGCAAGUACCCGUACCCCCCAAAUUUACCCUACUUUACAGCUCCUCGUAUAAGACCCGAUCCCCCCCCCUCGUUUUGGAAAGUCAAGUCAUUCCUACAGAGAAUGAUACAAAAUUAUGGAGAGGCAUUUCGCUUACAUGGCAUCUGACAGCGACAGUCAGAUCUCAAUUUUUCAACAAUAUUUGUAGUCCAGGACGGCAACUGUACCACACUUGCUAUCCAACAGUUUUCAGAUGCAUUAGAUGCAGUGUUGGCACUAUGCCAAUUACACCAUCGCUCUCACCAUAUGCUCCCAACACAUUCUGCUGCCACAGUGGCAGUGGUGCACAUUCAAUGUGAUUGCGCUUCUUUUUUAAUUAAUGGGGGCUCUUUUAUGAUGUCGUGUGACAAGGGUAUGAAACUAUGGGGUAGGUAAGUAGAUAGAGAAUGAUGGGAACAGGCCAUGAACUGAGCAGUAUUGAUAAUUUUAGAUGAAGCUACAUGAGGCAAUAUAGUGGUUAGUGCCGAUUUUAUAGGGCUGUAUUUUUGUUUUCUUUGAUUCUGGGCUCUAUUUUUGACCCCUAACAAUAACAUACCUUGUUAUCAGAAUUUGAAACUUUUAUGCCACGAAUGAACUGUGAUCACAGGUGAGGUGAUGCCACACUUGUUCGAAACAUAAUCACUUACAAUGCGUUGGAAUGCGACAUAACCUUAGUGUCAUUGCAGUGUGUGCCUCACAAUGUGUUCCUUUCAUACCACUUUCUACAUUUGUAUGUGUACCACAUUGUUAGUGCAUAAUAAUGAUGAUGAUGACCAUUCCACACCAGAUGUCACUUAGUUAAAGCCAAAUUAUAUUGCGCUAUAAUCAAGCUGUUGGCCAGAUGUGUUGUAUAUCAAACAUACGAGAAACAUUGAUGAUAAGGUCACUUCGUAUGCUAUGCACUGUUUAUAUUUCUAGUCUUGUGUACUACUGCAAUUAGGUAUAGUCGAAAGGAAACAUUUUGAUGCAUAUGGAGUAUUUGGUCUAGCUUUGGUAAUAUUUCUGCAAGUUCUUGGAGGAGUGACAGUUAUAAGAUAAGUUUUGCAGAUUAGAGCUAUUGUAAAUCGGGGUGAAAUAUUUUGGUACAUGGCAUCCUAUUCAGUAUAAAAGAAAACAGGUUAUCCGAUAUAAGAAGCCCGACACCUGGUGCAGAAGCACUGCUAGACGCUGAGCAGCACUACAGGAAAUUAGAUAUACUUAGGGCCUGACUUUUUCGGGUUUUAUUUUUGGCCAAAUUCGGGGGGUAAAUAUCGGGUGAUAUUUUUCAUUUGAAAAUUCGGGUGUAUUCGGGUUAAAUCCCGUUACGGCAUAUGCUGUCGUCAGGAAUUCGGGUGUAUUCGGGUGAUUUUUUUGUUGUUUAAUAAAAAUUUGUCUUAACAUGGAACUAAUGUUUAGCAAUGUUAUCAAACUUUAUCUUAAUGCACACUUAUGAGUGUGCCACGCGACCCGGAUGUUUUCGGGUAGAUUCGGGUUAAACCCGAAUUUUACAGAUUUCGUUCGGGGGGUAAAUAUCAGGCGGAUACGGGUUUAACCCUAAAAAGUCAGGCCCUAGAUAUACUGCACUUGAGGGAGUAUUACUGGAAACUUCAUUGCUACUUCAAUCCCAUUGCAUUCCUAAUUUCAUGAAAAUAUAUAACACUCCGCUUUUCUGUGCCACAUGAGCUUGCUGUUAUCACAAAAUAUUUGUAUUCAUAUAAUGUAAUUCACAGGUAAAACUUUGUCCAAGAGAGGCAGUUCUAGGAAGGUAACUGGGUUAGACCUGCACAUUGUAUUUGUUAUAGUUGUGCUACAAGUAUUUUUCAAAUUCGACUACAUUUAGCUGUUUUGAUAUGCUGGUAUCUCUUAGGAGUGAUUGAUUUUUGUUCAUUUUUCUCUCGAUGAACUUGAUCGAACUGUCAGUGAUGUUUUGCUGUUCAUCUGUAACACGGUCCUUGUCUGCAAGUUACAUAUGGCGAUCCAAAAGAACGAGACCCAACAUUGCAACACCAGUCUUUUCUAUUAACAAGUGCAUCUUUGUUAACAAGUUCUUCAAAAUUCUAUUCAUAUAUCAGUAGUCUUUCAUAAAUUACUGCCUUUGCAUGAAAAAUUGCUCUUUACUAGCACACUAAGUACAGUAUUAAUUACGCAUGUAUGUGUGUUUGUACAUUGUUUAGAUUGUUGUUACUGCUGAAUAGUUUGUGCAGUCUCAUCAUUGUGAGUUGGACCACCCUUCGAGAUAUAAAGUCUGUUGUGGAUUAAACUUUUUUCACGAUUCUCA